AUGGUAUUUUGACGUACAACUCACAAGUGUAUAAUAUGUAAUAGACCAUGCCGUUGUAUUAUUUAUGUUCUUUGGUUAUGUUUACUUUUAAAUAAAGAGAGUUGUAUAUUUUACUGGAGCGAUAUAUAAGUUAACAUGCCUAAACCAAUACUUUUUGAUGAGGAUUCGGAAGAAGAAGUCGAAAUUAAAACAGAAAAUGAAUAUGCCAAGAGGUACGAUACUUGGCGAGAAAAAGAAGAAUUACACAAAUUGGAACAAAAAUACGGCUCCAAACCCUUAAACGCUGACGGAACAGUGUCAUCUGACAGUGAUGACGAAAGCGAUGAGCCGCCAGAGGUUUCUGAAGAGGUGGAGAAACAAUUCCUCAAGACCCUCGCUCUUUUGAAAACCAAGGACCCUAGGAUAUAUGAUCCUAGUUAUACAUUUUUUGAUGAGAAAAUUGAAAAGGAAAAAGAGAAAGAACCAGAAACCAAGAAACUAACAUUUGGUGAUAGUGAUGAUGAUGAGGAUGAUGAUCCAAAUAUAUUUAGCAUUGAAAAGAAAGCAGAGAUAGACAAUGAUAAUGACAAUAAAAAUUGUAAGGGAAGUUCAGAGAAUGAAAAGAUUAAAGAAUUCUUAAUCGGGAAAGUUGAGCAUGUUGACGAUGAAGUAGAAAAGGAUCUUGCACCACUCAGGGCAUUGUGGUCAGACCCUAAAUUAAAUGACAGCGAAGCAUUUUUGAGAGAUUACAUUUUAAAUAAAAGGUAUUUAGAUGAUGGUGACGUUGGUGAAGCUGCUGAUAAAAUAAGGGAUGAUGAUGAUCUGGAAGAAGAUGAGAAGAUGGUGGAGGAGCAGGGUAAAUUUGAGCGUGCCUACAACUUUCGUUUUGAGGAACCCGACGACGAAUAUCUAAAACGUUUCCCUCGAACAAUGAAUUAUAUCAGACCGAAAGAUGACCGCCGUUCCCGCAAGCGAGCUGAGAUACGCGAAAGGAAAGAAGAAGAGAAAAAGAAGAAGUUGGAAGAAAUAGCCAGGAUGAAGGCUCUUAAACUGAAGGAGAUACAAGAGAAGAUUGCCAAGAUCAAAGAGGUCACUGGCAACCAAGACCUAGCUUUCAAGGACGAAGAUAUCGAAGGUGAUUUUGAUCCUGAAGAACACGAUAGAAGAAUGAAAGCCCUCUUUGACGAGGAGUACUAUGGGGAAGCAGAUGACCAGAAACCUGUCUUUCCUGAUUUGGAUGAAGAAUUAGAAAUUGAAAAUUGGGAAAAUUUCGAACCGGAGUAUAAACAAGACACCGAAAACGUAGAUGAACCACAUUGUGAAGAUACAGAUUUUAAUAUGGAUGCAGACUAUGAUCCAAAGAAAGCAAAGGAGAACCUUAUAGAAGAAUUGAAACGAAACAUGGGCAAGAAACGUAGGAAUAGAAAACGUAAAUCGAAGCUUGCCGAGCUUUUAUCAGAAGAGAAACCAAAAUUUAUACCUGAUAUUGAUAAAACAUAUGCAGAGUACAUGCAGGAGUACUAUCAGAUGGACUGUGAGGAUAUUAUUGGGGGCGAUCUACCCACUAGGUUCAAGUACAGGGAGGUGGUGCCUAAUGACUUUGGAUUGACUGUUGAAGAGAUUCUUCUAGCGGACGACAAAGAAUUGACUCAAUGGGUGCCACUUAAAAAGAUCGUAAAAUAUCGUCCAGAAAACGUAGAGAAGGGCGAGGUAAAAGUUUACUCGCAAAAAGCAGCCGACGUCAGAUUGAAAAAGAAAAUACUGCCUAGCUUGUUUAAAGAUUUGCCGGAAGAACCAGAAAUAGUAGUGCCAAUAGAAGUAAAUAAAAAGAAAAAGAAGAAAAAAACGAAACAUACAAGCCACGAAAACAAUGAAGAUAAAUGUGAUAUAGAAAUUACUACUAACACUGUUACUACUACUAACACUUCUAAAACUAUUGAAAUUGAAAAACAAAAGAAAGGCAAAAAGAAACAUGUCAAUCAAGUAAACAAUGAAGAAACAAAUGGCUUAGACGAAAUAAAGAAAAUAACGCAGAAUAAUAGCAUUGAAACUUCAAAGAAACAGAAAAAACACAAACAAACAGAAAACAAACAAAGUGUUACUCAUGAUGUAACCGAGAACACUGAAAUUGAAAAUGAAAUCUUAAAUAAGAAACAUAAAAAGGUUAAGGUCAAAAAUAUAAAUGAAGAACCUAGUAUAGACCAAGAAAUAACAAGUGACGCUUCUAAAAUUGAAAAACAAAAAGUAGACAAAAAGAAACGUAUCAAUCAAGAAAACUACGAAGAAAUAAAUGCUGUCGAUAGAACAAAUGAAAAUAACAACUUAGGAACAUCCAAGAAAAAGAAAAAACAUAAACAAAAAGAAAACGAGGAGAAUAUAGUUAACACAAGUGUAAACCAAGAUAAUACUAAUGAAAGCAAAACCUUAAAAUUACAACAUAAAAAAGGAAAUAACAAUGUACAUAAAGAACCAAGUAAAUAUAAUCAAGAAACAGCUAACAUUAAUAAGAGAAACAAGAAGCAGGAAGAAGGAAAAAAUAAGAAAAAGAAAGCAAUAAACACAUUUAAUAUUGAAACUAUCAAUGAUAAAACGACCCCCAGUAAUGGAACAAAUGAUACAAUUAAUGAAAGAAAUAGUAAAAUUAAUAUGAGUAAUUUAAAACGCAAAUCAAAUUCUACUACAGAAGAAAAUGUAACUAAAAAGAAAAUAAAGAAAAGUAAAAAUUUCAAAAAGGUUAAACCAAAUAAAAAAAGUGAUCAGGAUGACAAAAUGGCCAAUCCAUUAAGUAAGCUAUCAGAUGAAAGACUUAAAGCUUAUGGCUUGAAUCCGAAAAAAUAUAGAAGUUUCCUAAAGUAUAAGAAAUUUUAAGAUGCACAUAUAUUAAAUGUAAAUGUCAAAUAUAUUGCAUA